CCUUGGGUUAGGUAUAUAUUCUUGUCAUAUGGAUUUAGCACAGCUUCAAAUCCACUAAGCUGAACGCAUAAGGGUUGAACGUGGUGAUACUUGACAACAUGAAGCAAUAUAAAGAGUAAGAACAAUUGACAUAAUUUGUUUAAACGCAUCACAAAUGUAGUCAAGGUUUGAGGAGGUUGCUUUUCACCUGAUACACUAGGUCAUGUGUUUGCGCUACCUUUUCUAAUUGAUAUUUAUAUUCAAUAUUUCGAAAAAUGAAGGCCUACUUGUGUUUUAUGAAUUGUAUGAAAAACGAUUAUAUAUUUUGUCAGCUUUUUAAAUCCAAUUACUUGUGAAUUUCACCAGUAACAAACAAGUUAAAAACAGAUAAUAACUGAGUUAUUGAUUUCGUCAUUGUGAGAUGCCCUUGACCAGUUCUUUUCCUCAUCGUCUCGUCUUUUUGUUGAACGUUCAACUAGAUGAAAUAGUUUUCCAUCAAUUUUUAAAAUAAUACGAAUGUCCUUUAACAAGAAUAUCUCAAAAUUUUACAAGCCCGUUGGCUAUAAAAUUGCUCCUGAAAUGGCUUUGAGAGACUAUGAAGACCCUUUAAACUCAAACAGUCGAGGUUUUUCAAGUGAUCUUAGAUCGCCCUUCAACAAGUUAGGCGCUACUAGUGGAUUAGAUAAUACGGAUACAUUUGGGACAAGAAAUCAAAUUGUUGCUAAUGAAGUUCAAUUUGGGCUGUCCGAUGAAAGUAGCAGCACUUCUCUUUCAUCUUCCUCUUCUGACCUAAUGAGCUCCAGUGUAACUGAAGGUAAGUGCUGUGAAGAACACCUAUCCCUAACACGAGAAAUGGCUAUAAGGCUUUUGAAAGAGUACGUCAAAAACCUGAAGGACUUUUCCUCUAUGAUGAGAGAAAAACAAUCGACAACUUUAAGAGAUACUUCCACUUCGCCGAUACAUUCACCUGUUUUAGACAGUCAUGAUAAACAGAAAUGUGCAAUAAAACGAGAUACUCAGAAUUCUGAUAAUACGGUCAGCCGCCAAAGACCUUCUUCUAUGUUGGGAGUAAGCGAUAUGCAUCAAACGCCACAUGAUCUCGCUCAAAGCGAUCGAGCUAAACCUCCGACGAGCUUUUUUAGCUCUUUAGAUCAUGUUGUCGACAUACCAGUUUCUUUCAUGAAGAAGCAAAAUUUCACAGCACGUAGUGUUUGUAAGGUCAUAAAACAGCCAGACAAACCAAGUAAUUAUUUGGAAGAGUCUCACUCCACCAAGAUCGACAAACAAAAUUGGUUUAACAAGAAUGGCUUAGACUCAGAUGAUUCCGGUCAACAAACGCCAGUUAAUUUUGAGCCCGGUCUACAGACUGCUGUGUUAAAAUCGGAAAAACAUUAUCAGCUUGAGAAAGACCCCGGUAACUCAGUGCCUAUACUUUCAUCUACCAGUACAUUCGAUAACAAUCAAUCUUCAAAAGAUUGUAAAACGGAGACACAAAAUCACUUGGAUAAAAUUGUCAUGGUGCCACCACAACCUGAUAUUCUGAGAUUCGAAAGACCUCAUAAACCCAAUGUUAUAAUUGCGGAUGAAAGACUAAAUGGAGAGGGUGUUGUUACAGAAAAGCAGUCUGAGGCAGCUCUUAGUUCACCGAACCAGUUGUUUCACAUGCAAAUAUCCUCUGACUUCUCAAGAACAGAAAGACUAAGAAUAAAAUCACCCAGUCCAUCCUACUCCAGUUUAGUUAGAUCGUCUGCAAAUUCAUUUCAACCAAUUCCUCCGAGACCAGAAUAUCAUUCUAGUCCUACAUCACAAACAAAAACAUAUCAUUCAGGCGCACUAAGGUCAAGUUCUGUACAGAGAGUGAUACCACAUUCUUCUAAAGAAACUCUGUGGAUCAGAAAUUCAUACAAUACACCAUCCCAAAAUCCAUACAGGAGUUUGGUUAAAAGCUCCUCAAGUAUACCUUUAAGUGGAACUCCAAGUAACUUAGACUCUGUCAUACCUAAGAUUACUUCACCGUUCUCUCAACCCAUAUCCAGUUCUAACUGUAAUGAUUAUUUGGAAUCUGAUGCCAACCAAUUAUCUAAAAAUGUAUUGAGCAAAACUGACUUCAGUAGCGCCAAGUUCAAUAACAAUUAUAAAACUGAUCAUGUAACAGAAAUAAAUAAACCACCUCAUUGGUAUGUUGACUCAAGAUUUUCAAUAAAUAAUUAUUCGAAAACUAGUCAAAAUGGCUUCCUAAAUCAUACUAAUCAUCCAUCGAUCAAAAUAUACACAGAAUCUGAAGUGCAAUCUGUUCCAACGUAUGAUGAAUAUUCUUUCACAAAUGAAACCAACAAAGCUAAGCCUAUUCGAACGGCAGAUGAAACUCCUAUUUUAGGAAGGGGAACAAGAACACACAUAGUGACUGAAGAUUCGGCUUUGCUAUCAAACAAAUCGCCUAACAAAUAUGGAUUUUGGCCCAAUUCAAAUCAAAUCUCACCUACUGUUCCACAACAGGUGAAUCUAUCUACAAAACAACAGGAUAACAUUUCUCAAUAUAAAAGUGAUAUAUUUCACCAAAGAAAAUCUGAUAAAAUGAUACAGACAGAUGAUUUUGAUGAUGAUUUAUGGAUAACUAGAAGCCUAGAUUCUCCAAACAAUCAGGUAAUAAAAUUUGUUUUAAACAUUUUUUGUUUAAAUAGUCAGAAAAAUGAUUUCAAUCACUUGAAAGUUAGUUAAUUUAAAAGAUGCUUGAUAAAAUUCAUUAUGUAGGAAAUUUCUAUCUUAUCAAAAUAUCCAUUCAAGUUACAGAUAUUCCCAUCGGUUUAAUUUUAUUUAACAAAAAACUCUCCAUGUCAAUUUUGUGCUGCUUAUGAAUUAUAUCACUGUUGAUGAUAAUCACUUUGUUGUUUUAAACACCAAAAUUCACUGUGCGCAUGAAAAUUGAUAAUCCAUAUUAUUUUAUAUGAAUCUUAUUUCCCUCUUAUGAUGGAAAAUUGUUACUUGUCUAUUUUUAAAGAUAAAACCCGGUGAUAGAUGAACGAGAAAACACUUUUAUCUUGAUUUGCUAGCAAAAUAAAAGGCACGAGUCAUCAUUCAGUAUUUUUAAUCUCUUAAAUUUAUUGUUUAGCACUUACAAUUUACAAAACUCAAAGGGGUGAUAAAACCAUGGAAAUAUUAGGGAAUGGACAUAAAUCUUGUGUACACAGUGGUCGAGUUUGGAAUAGUGGAUCGCCAUAGCUUCAACUAUGUACAAACUCCUCAUCGAAACCUUUUCAGAGUCAGUCAUUUUUACUUUGUAGGUGAUUUUGAAUGACAAUUCAUUUGCUGCGGUGUGACCCAAGCUAACCAUGUGUUCAAGGACUGAGUUGAUAAUUAAUUUGUAUUCCUUUGAGAUAUCCAUGCAAGGUAUUGUUCGAAUAUUUGUUUACCAAGUACACUGAUAAAUGUACAUUGAGGUGAUCAAAAUAGGCAUUUCAUCUUGAACACAAUGUUGAAUGAGUUUCUUGCUGGAGAAAAUAGUUCGGAACUCUGAUGAAUAAAACGUCUUUCUCAGGGAUCUAGAUAGUAGUAGAUAGUCUAUUGCUUCCCCCACGAGACUUGAUAGUCACUGAUUCUGUCAUAUUUAGAAUCAUUAGUCAUUUAAUAUAACUGAGAAUUAUCAAGUUACAUUGCAAAAGCAGCCGAUUUUUAAUAGUUCUACAGAUGAUAACAAUUUUUGACAGAAAUAAUACUUCAAAGAUGUCUUCAUAAUCAUGACAAUCUCAUGUCAUAUCGUUUUUUGUCAAACAGUAUUAUAAUAUGCGAGAAGUUAUAAAGUGAUAAUGCUACUUUGAGUGUUUUUAACCUUAUUUACAACUAAAUGCAGAAAGUUGUGACGAUCCACGAUAUUCUAUAAACAAUCAACUUUGAAACUGACCAAACAAUGAAAUCAGAAUUAAUUGAACUAAUCUGUUUACUUGUCUUUUGAUAUCUAAUAUGAUCCAGGGACUACUGUUUAGAUCACCAAAUAAUAAAACGUCUUUGUGAAAGUUUUGGGACCUGAGUAUAACGAUUUUGUUAACGAACCGACCAUAUGACUUCCAUUGGAAGUGAAACUACUGGACAAAUUAUAAGGAUUUAGAAAUUUCAUGUGAAUCAGAAAUUCCAUCGCCAGUUAACAAACCAAACCUUCAAACUUGGACUCUCUCUUUGCAAAGUAUUGUAAGACCAACCGAAUCAGAAAGUAUUUUACCUAAAGCAAACGAAAUUAAUUGUAUGGAUCAUGUUAAUGUACACAUUGAAAAGACAAAACCAAGUGAAAGCAAAAUACAGCCCAAUUUAGAUUAUCACAAAGAGCUAUGGCGUCGUCAUUCGCUGCGUAUUAAUCCUUCAGAAUCUGAUAAUUAUCAAGCAACACAACGAAAUUUAAAUCAAUUCAAUGAUCGGGUAAGAUGAUUCAUAAAUUUACCCUCAUUACACUUAUAAGUGAACAGUUUGCUAGUACAUUGAAAUUAUUUGAUCGUCUAAAGUUCUUUUAAAUUACUACCAUACCGAACACAGCUUGUAAGUAAAUUUAUCUGUCCUCUAAGUUUGAGUACAAUAAUAAGUAAGACAAAUUAAAAAAUGUUGGUGUGAAAUUAAAAUAAUCAAUUCUGGAACCUAGGUAACAAGGGCUUUUAGGCAAACAUUUGGUUUAAGUCUCGAUCGCCUGAUUACCGGAUUUCAAUACUCAAUAUUUUUUCAGCAUCUGCCUACCGACUAGAAAAUCAUCAUUCUAGUAAUAUAUAAGCUGAGUAUUAUUUUGCUCUCAGAAAACUAAGUUCUCUUUUCCCGCUGUGAAAAAGGACAGAGUCUAUUGAAGUUGAUCAGCAACGGAAGAGCUAUUCAUAUGAAUUCAAAUAAAAAGCCGUUAGAAAGGAGCAUCUACAUAACUUUGUAAAUCAGUUACUUUUAUUGAUUUUAGUAGUUUAAUCUUAAUAUCAGUUGUGGUAAUGUAUUAAGCUAUUAAAUAAUUAGUAUAAUGCGCUCCUCAGUUUAAUUUUUUCGAAGUCAUUCCAAAUCAUUCCAAAAAAAUACAGUAUAAGAAAAUUAGUGCAUUCAGAUAUAGUUUAUGAUCUCAGUUGAGAAUAUUUAGUGGUUAUUCAUCCAAUGUAUUAAAUCAUCACUAAGAGAAAUAUGAAUGAAUUGUGCUUUCUAAACUUGUCAGACUAUGAAUAUCUCUUCUUUCACUUCUGAUUUUGUUUAGCCGAAUCAAAGACUUUCUUUACCCCGUAAACCAAGAAAUACUUCACGGUUUAGUAUAGGAAGCUCAAGUGAACUUGAUACUCCAAAAAGUCGUAGUGUACACUUUUCAAAUGAUGUUUUGGUGGCUCAUACUGGCUCAGGACCAGAACCUCUACUGUUAUCUUCAGCUCCUCUAAAAGAAUCGGCUUCAGAUGAUGAACAGGAACAAAAUGGAAAACCAAGUUACUUUACGAAACUCUCAGUUGACUGUGGUUAUAAUAUGUCAAAUUUUUCGAAACCUCCUAAAUCCCGAACAAAUAUAAACAGACCUUCAGCUCCACUACCUUUUCGUCGACAAUUUGUUCUUAAUACUUCAAAUAAUGUCAAUUCUUAAGUGAUAAACAAAUACAUGAUGAAAAUAAUUUGGCGAUAUAUAUUUUUUCUGAUUCUAUUUCUGAGGGUUCAUUGAAUCCUACUAUCUGAAUAACAUCUAUUCACGAUCAGAAAGCUAACAGUUGAAGAAGAAAUCAUUGAUGCCCAUGAAGUAUUCAAUUUUUUGAUUAUCUCACUUAAACUAUCACAGUCAUCUCAUAUUCCUCGAUUCUAGUGCCUUGAGCAAUGUUAUUAAUUUUACUACGCUGUUACUCAUAGACUGAUUGUAUGCAUUUCGAAUCAAAUACGUUCUAUCUGCUAAUUUUGACUAUCCAGAGUUAUUUAUAAUUCUGAAUCUCAUCUUUAGCUUCAUUUGGCUCUAUUUUCUUGUCGCAAUGCAUGUUAAAAACGUUUAUUUACUAAACUAUUUAUUUUCACUAAUAAAUUAUUUAAUAGUCUAGGCUGAUAGAUAGGUUUCACACAAUACUUAUAUCUGAUAGUUUCAAAACUCAACUCCUUUGAAACUAUCAGAAAGUAAUAGAUAAACUUUAUCACAUUUAAUUAAGAGUUCUGUUUUCAGAUUCUUAAAUCAAAGCAUUUAACAUUGAUAAGUUACAUUAAUAUAGUUUAUAGGCACUAUAUGUAUAUGUUUUUGCUAUGGCAGUGUUUAUUUUUAUGGUUUCAUUAUCCUCUAACUUCACUUGACCUUCUUUCACGGUUAACUAUAAUAUGAAUAAUAUUCAUUUUGUUUAUUUUCAUUUUAUUGACUAUUAUUUGUAUUCUUUACCACAACAUGUUUGUGUCAAAAUGAUUGUCUAUCAUAGAUGCAGAUCAAAAAGAAAAACUAUUAUUCACACAAAAUUUAGUUCAUAUACUUAUGUAAAUGUUGAUAAUGAUAAUUUCGCUGUAUUCUGUUAACCAUUUUUAUUCAUAAUUUUAAUGAAUAAAUAUAGGUAAUUAUUUUGCUUGUUCUUGUUUAUCGUAUCUUCAGUGUAUAUUGAUAUCUAUUAGACUAAAAGUUCUAUUUUUCGUGAAAAUAAAUAUAUACUGUGACCUAU